AUGUCAAAGAAAUGGAAGGGGGGGGAUGCUGCAACCCGUCGCCCUACACACCGCAAGAAGGCCAUAAGUGAUGACCUUUUCAUGCGUGUGCGCGUGUAUGCAUUUGUGUGCGAUAGGAAGUGCUCUUUAUUUUGCCAGUAUGUUGCCGUACACGUGCAAUGUGGGCCGCGUGCACUCUGCCCGUCGAUCUACGGCGGCUCGCUCGGCACUGGAUCAUUACCGUACGUACAUAGGAACGCUUGUAUUCAGGUAUUAAAGCGCAAUCAUGCGCAGGUGCUUUUUUGUGAAGCUUUGACCAUCAAGUUUGUUCCGUGCAGGUCGGAAUUCGGCUACCAGGUUAUCAUGGGGUCAGCCAUCGUCGCACAUGUCGUGGAAGCUUUCAUAACUCUUGGCAUUUGUGCAAAGAACAAAGUCAGCGCGGGUCACACUUUGGGCUGGUUUUGCAUAGUGAUGCUGAUCGGCUACCCGGGAAUCCAUGAGCUUAAGACGCGGCUCAAACAAGCGAAGCAGAAGCAAGGGUGA